AUGGAAGGUGUCAAGGUAGAGGCAAUCCCACCCUCUUCCCUCUGCAGCGUCUGCACCGGCAUCUUCAACGGAAAAUGGCAACCCCAACUCCGCGGCUGGAAGAGAGCAAUCAAGCGCCCCGGCGCACCGCCCGACCCGUUCAACCCAGAGCCGGCCUUUGGGACGGCAUACGACCACGGCAUGGAGCCCUUUGUGCACGGCAAGGGCGCUCCCCCGACGCUGUCCUACCCGCACCACACGGUCGAGGAGCUGCGCGCUUCGGGGGCCUCGUGCGCGCUGUGCCAGACGGUGGUGCUGGCGUUUGACGCGCUGCACCCGAGGAACGACAUCAUUACGGAUUACAUGGAGGGGCGGAAGCCGUAUGGCGUGGCGGUUUGGGGGAGGGAGGAGGUUAAGGGGGCGAAGGGGUAUGUGUUUGUGUAUACGGAGAGGGGGAAGACGAGUAGGCUUGUUUUUCGGUAUCAUGUGUAUAAGGAUUGGGCGGCGAAUCGGAAUAUGGAUGUCAAUCCGACUGUGGGCGAGAGGGAGGGGAAUGUGAAGGAUGUGAUGCUGGAUAUGCAUGAUGGCGACUCAGAUGUGUCAAAGAAGGAAAACAAGCACCUCAUAGCGUGGAUGGAUCGGGGGACCAGCAUAGAGCGGGUUGCCCAGUUUCUCAACGAGACGAGCGACUUCGCCAGGGACCUCCCCAAGAGCCUCGUCCGAGAGCUUCCGACACGGCUUCUAUACCUGAUGCCCGGACCAUCUGGGCCAACGGUGCGGCUCAUUGACGGGGCAAACUCAUCACUCGACAUCGACACGCCCUACAUCGCCCUCUCCCACAGCUGGGGCAACACAAUGCCCAUCCAGCUGGUGACCUCGCGCCUCUCCGAGUUUCCCAACGGCAUCGCAUUCCAACAUCUGCCUGCCACGUUCCGCGAUGCCGCGGCCUUGACCCUCGAGCUCGGCGUUUCCUACCUCUGGAUCGACUCCCUCUGCAUCAUCCAAGAUUCCGCCUCCGACUGGCUCCACGAAGCGCAGCGCAUGGCCUCGGUAUACACCUUCUCGCACCUCACCAUCGCGGCAUCAGCCUCCAAGAAUCCCGCCACGGGCCUGUCCCCCAGCCCCCGUCCUCGCACCGUCAUCGUCCGCCCGACCUGGACGGGGUACAUCCAGGAAUGGGGGCUGCAGCCCGGCCAGACGCUGCGCAUCACCAAUCCGUGGCAUCAGGAGUUUGGCAACGCGAUUGUCUCGGCGCCGCUGAACCGGCGUGGGUGGACGUUUCAGGAGUAUGCCCUCUCUCCGCGCGUGCUGCACUGCACGGAUGGCGAGUGGUGGUGGAACGGGAUUGGCGAUGGCAUCUAUCGCGAGACGUCGACCGAUGCUAUUCGCUUCUUUACUGGUCCUGGGAGCGUCUCCUGGCCCGAUAAGUUGGCCUUCUUCAACAUGGAGAGGCGUCGUCGGACGCACACUCCUGACGCCUGGCUAUGGGACCGUCUCGCGGCUCAGUAUAACCAGCGAGCUCUCACGAAGCGAAAGGACAAGCUGGUGGCUUUUGGGGCGGUGGCGCAGAUCUUUGGGCGGGUAACUGGCUUGCCGGUUGAUACGCCGGGGGAGUAUGCCGCGGGCACAUGGAGGAGCUUGCUUCCUUUUGGGCUCCAUUGGGCCGUAGGGGAGAAUGCAGAACGAUAUGUGAUGCGGCCAGGGGCUGAAGAUGAGGGAUACGUCAUUCCUUCGUGGUCGUGGGCGUCUAUAGACGGGUUGGUGCGCUUCCACGACGGCAGUUCGUUGAGGGGGACGCGAGAGGAGCAAUGCAAGGGGAUGCCGCGAGUGGUGGAUGUCCAGGUCGUGACCGAAGGAGGACCGUUUGGGCCUGUCAGGGGCGGGUUCAUCAUCCUUCAUGGGCCCAUCUUUCGGAUUCGUGCGGAUAAGAAGGCGAGGGAUCACAAGGAGUUGGGGUUCUACCGCGGUUUCACGGUCCUGCGAAGUGAUGGCUCGGAAGCGUGGAAGGGCGACGGCCAAGGGUUUUCUCUCGAUUCGUGGAAGAGCAGGCUGGAUGAAUGGGCUGAUGACCGCGAGAUGUAUCUCAUGAUAGCUGACUGUGACGCCGAGGACAGAUAUGGCGAUGCGUUUGCUAUCUUGUUGGAGUCUGUUGAGGUUGGGUUGAAGGGGAAGGGGGUGUUUCGUCGGAUUGGGUCGACGCGGUUCUCCUUUCAUGGCGUUGGGCUGCUCAUGAAGGAUGUGAGGCAGGAUGGGAAUGAAGCUUUGAGGGAUGGGGAGUACAUCGAUUUCAAUUCCACGACGGGCUUCUAUACCUACAAGAUAAUCUGA